AUGCUACUUCAGCAGAUAUCACUACAACUUCAACACUUCAACAAAUAUACAACGAGACAAGGUGUAUUGGCAACUAUUUAUCGUCCCAGGAAAUAUCCUCGUCGUAUAGCAUAUCAAGCACUAUUACCGUUUGUCACCAGUGCUACUCAUACUGCAGCUAACAUAGAGAAGCCAAAGCAGUUAGAAGUAAAGAUGAAUGAAAGAGCAAUUCAACAACUUCACUUAACAAGUAUUUCUUGA